UGAGCUCUUACCAAGUUCUUGAUACCUCCCCGUCUCGUUGGGUUCCCGAUGCUUAAAACCCUACGCGUUCAGUGUCUCCUUGUCACUGGGUCUCCGGCUUGUUCGUUCAAAAGAAUUAUUCGGCCAGUGAAGAGCAAUUAGUCGCGCUUGCAGAUUUGAAGUUUUCAGCCAACAGAGCGCCAUGUCUACGUUAGAAAUCGAAGCCCGAGACGUGAUUAAGAUAGUUCUUCAGUUUUGCAAAGAAAAUUCUUUGCAUCAAACUUUCCAAAUAUUGCAGAAUGAGUGCCAGGUUUCUCUGAAUACAGUUGACAGCCUUGAAACAUUUGUUGCUGAUAUUAACAGUGGAAGGUGGGAUGCAAUAUUACCCCAAGUGGCACAACUUAAGCUUCCUAGAAAGAAGCUAGAAGAUCUGUAUGAACAGAUUGUUUUGGAAAUGAUUGAACUUCGGGAACUUGAUACUGCACGGGCCAUAUUAAGGCAAACCCAGGUAAUGGGUGUCAUGAAGCAAGAGCAACCUGAAAGAUACUUGAGACUUGAGCAUCUACUUGUUCGAACUUAUUUUGAUCCACAUGAGGCUUAUCAAGAUUCCACAAAAGAGAAAAGGCGAGCACAAAUAGCUCAAGCUCUUGCUGCAGAGGUUUCUGUCGUUCCUCCGUCACGACUAAUGGCUCUAAUUGGUCAGGCUUUGAAGUGGCAGCAGCAUCAAGGGUUGCUUCCGCCAGGGACACAGUUUGACUUGUUUCGAGGGACAGCUGCCAUGAAACAAGAUGUUGAUGAUAUGUAUCCAACAACUCUGGGGCAUACAAUCAAGUUUGGAAAAAAAAGUCAUCCUGAAUGUGCUAGGUUCUCACCGGAUGGACAGUUUCUUGUUUCUUGCUCUGUUGACGGAUUUAUUGAGGUCUGGGACCACAUAAGUGGGAAACUAAAGAAGGACCUUCAGUACCAAGCUGAUGAAACAUUUAUGAUGCAUGAUGAUGCAGUGCUUUGUGUUGAUUUUAGUAGGGAUUCUGAGAUGCUGGCAUCUGGAUCCCAAGAUGGGAAAAUCAAAGUUUGGCGCAUAAGAACUGGUCAGUGCUUGCGCCGUCUUGAACGUGCGCAUUCCCAGGGUGUCACCAGUCUUGUUUUCUCUCGGGAUGGAAGUCAGCUACUAAGCACAUCUUUUGACAGCACUGCAAGAAUCCAUGGCCUGAAGUCAGGGAAAUUAUUAAAGGAAUUUCGUGGGCAUAGUUCCUAUGUAAAUGAUGCUAUCUUUACUAGUGAUGGAGCCCGUGUCAUUACUGCAUCCAGCGACUGCACUGUCAAAGUUUGGGAUGUGAAGACUACAGACUGUCUGCACACAUUUAAGCCACCACCUCCUUUAAGGGGGGGCGAUGCAUCUGUGAAUUCUGUUCAUCUGUUCCCUAAAACCACAGAUCACAUAAUCGUAUGUAACAAGACGUCAUCAAUAUACCUCAUGACCCUUCAAGGACAGGUCGUAAAGAGCUUCUCGUCUGGUAAAAGAGAAGGUGGCGAUUUCGUUGCAGCUUGUGUAUCACCCAAAGGGGAGUGGAUUUACUGCAUUGGUGAAGAUAGAAAUAUAUACUGCUUCAGCCACCAAUCUGGUAAACUGGAGUACUUAAUGAAGGUACACGAGAAGGAUGUAAUUGGGAUCACUCACCAUCCACACAGAAACCUUGUUGCUACAUACAGUGAAGACUGCACGAUGAAAUUGUGGAAGCCUUGAAAAGCCCUUUUCAACUGUGGUGUAACCUUCUAUAGUCUUUAGAUUUGCUCAGAGACCCCCAGUGUAUGUUGUAUUUAGGUAAACAAAAAAUAUUUAUUUAGAUUCUUGUUGCCCACCCCCCAUUCCCCAAAACUUACUCUUGGGAGAUCUUUAUUUUUGUCAAAAUUUUCUAUUUGUCUUUUCGUCGGUUCGUUUUGGUGUGAAUUCAUGAUCUACUUAGAUACGUGCUUUUGUGGCCCCUCUAAUAGCAGGAAUUUUUGGACA